AUGUCAGUGUCAACGUUUUUGCGGAGGACUGGGGUUUCUGCGUAUUGUGGUGUUUUAGCGUUAAGAAUAUCUUAUAGGUGUAAAUUUACUCACAAAAUGACUGAUAAACCAGCAGACCAUACAGGCACAAAUGGAUUUGAGAGUAAAACUCCGUUUCUGAUCGGCGUGGCGGGCGGCACAGCAAGUGGCAAGUCAACAGUAUGCCAACGUAUUAUGGAGAAGCUCGGUCAGCAACACAAGGAGCAGACAGAAAGGCGGGUGGUGUGCAUCAGCCAAGACUCGUUCUACCGGUCACUGACUCCUGCUGAGAGGCUCCGUGCGGAGAGAGGACAGUUCAACUUCGACCACCCUGAUGCGUUUGAUGACAAGAAACUGUUAGCUGUGUUAAAAGAUAUCCUUGCUGGGAAGAAGGUGGAAGUUCCAGAAUACGAUUACAUCAGUAAUGCUAUUCACCCACACCGGUCACACACAAUCUACCCAGCAGAUGUGGUGCUUAUCGAAGGGAUCCUUGUGUUCUAUUUUCCGGAGGUGAGGGAACUCUUCCACAUGAAGCUGUUCGUGGACACUGACUCUGACACCAGCCUAGCUAGGAGAGUACCUCGCGACAUCAUGGAGCGCGGGCGCGACCUGGAGCAGGUGCUCAACCAGUACAUGACCUUCGUCAAACCAGCCUUCGAAGAGUUCUGCCUACCUACAAAGAAGUUUGCUGACGUCAUCAUACCCAGAGGAGCCGAUAAUCUGGUGGCUAUUGACCUAAUCGUUCACCACAUUUGGGACAUAAUGUAUAAGAAGCGGGCCCCGCCGGCGUGCAACGGGAGCUGCAACGGACACGACGAGGAGACCAACGGUAGGAGGAUGUCUGGCAGCUCGGAGGAUACGCUCAGCCGAUAGUGCUGGUGGUGUAUCUGGUAAAACAGGGGCUGUAUAUCGGUGUAAACUAUCUGUAUGGUAAUAAAGUCCAAAGUCCUUUGAAAAUCCAACCUCGUGGUUAAAACCAGUGACUAGAGUCCUUUUGAAAUCCAAACCUUAUUUUUUUAAAUACGGCGUCUGGAAAUCCGGGCCGUAAAAAUAUGAGUACAAAAAUUCUAUACUGGACGUACUUAGGUACUGAUAUUUCCCAUUCCUAAAGUUAUUUUAAUAUGUUAUAAAAUAAAAGUAAAUCCGGGACAAAUACAGUAAACCGAUUAUUUGUCACAUAUACAAGAAUCAUUAAAACUGUACGUAAAUCUUUUACUAAAAGUACAAAAUAUCUUUGCAAAGUAAAUUAAAAACAUUGGGCGUGGGUAAUUUAUUUUUUACGAAAUGGCAACGCAGAUUCGGAUGACGUCAGCUGGGCUAACCUUGAAAUGCUAGCUGUCAGUUUUGAGCAUACCUGGGGGGUUAAAAUGGCCACAUUGAAGCAAUUCAUCUAAGAAAGCAAUAUUGCAAUUUGACAUUUGCGCAUACAGAAGUAAGUGCGCAAUGCAAACAAAUGUCAAAUAGCAAUAUUGUUUUCUUAUAUGGAUUGCUACGAUGUGGCCAUUUUAACCUCCCUGGUCUUCUUAUACCCUGCUGUUUACUAUCUGUAGUAAAUUAUGUUGCCCCAAAUUAAAAGGACGCAGAAUAAGUCAUACAGAAUAAAUAUAUCGGUAUACAGCCCCUGUGGUAAAUCUGUGACUUCAAGGGAUAAGGGGAAACCAAAGCUAUAUUUCUGAUAAACGCACUCGAUGCCCGUAAUCUGACAAUAGGAUGCGCAGGGGCACUAGUAGACAGAAUAUAAGUUCCAGACACUCCUCAAAAGUAUUGUUCCUUUGCCAAACCAAUAUUUUCAAUGUAUCGAAAGUCAAUUUAGAAAAGUCCGCUUCACUAACCGGAUCGGAUAUCGACGGGUAUAUCUUAAUAUAAAUGGGGAGAUGUAUGCUGGAAUCAGGGCCAUAGUGUUGUCGAAUAAUCGACUAUCGAUUAAUCAAUUAUUUACCCCUAAAUAAUCUAAAUAACAGUCUAUCUUCUAGAUAUUGAAAAAUACUAUCGAUUAAGUCGACUACAUUGCAAUAAUCGAUUAAUCGAUAUAAUUGUAGAAUUUCCAAUAUCGAUAGAUAUAUCGAUAGAUUUUAUUUAGUGGCUUGAAAACUAAUCAAUUAUCAGUCCAUUAUCUGGCAACACUAACCAUAGUUGAUUGAGGAAAUUAAUGACAGGUUAAAAAGGCUACUAAGGCCAGAGCUGUUAAACCAUAUCAAAAAAAAAAUUGAGGAGGUGUUUAGCCUCGCUAAUAGGCAGUUAAUAGCUGGGGUAAUAUAGUGCAUGUUCCGGUUAAUAGCAUACUACAUCCCUUGGAAUUUGAAUGCCAUCGCAUACUUAUAGCUCGGUAGUUGCCAAAGAUCCCCUUUGACCUGGAAGUCACAGGUUUGUUCUCGAAUCAACAUGGGUAUAAGUCGCAACGUCUUAUAAACAGUAUGUGUAUUUUGUAAUGUAAAUGUAAUUACGUUACCAUAACUUCACGCAUGUCCUGUGACAUAACUCGUAAUUAAUUGCAAUUAGUUAAGUAUAUACUUAACAAUUUAAUAUUGUAUAAAUAGAAUCUGUUAUAAAUCCAUCUAUGCAAGCUUACAUGGAACAAAUUAAAGAGAAGGCCAACGUCGUGUCUUAUAAGAAAGUCAAAGAAUUGUCCCUUGAUAGACAAGAAUUGAGAAUUCUACACCUACAAGAGCGUGGCUCUUGGGCCCAUAGCAUAGCACACGGCGUAUUUCAAACGCGCAGAUUACGCGCGUAUACGCGAUUCGACCGCAACUUUGUAACCUAUGCACACGGAAACGCGCUACAACUGCGCGCAUAUAUCAUCAAUGCAAACGCAACAAUCAGUGUCUACUGUAAUGUUUUUUAAUAAAGAAGAUGUUAAGUAAAUGGAAUAACAAUGAAAUAAAACCAAUAGGUAAUACAGAAGUAAAAUAAGUAUAAAUCCAGUAUAAAGCCAUCUUCCGGUUCUUGGUGUAAAGUCGCUGACAACGAGGCCUAACGAUAGCGAGUCGAUGGUCCCGGACCUUAUAUUGAACAAUCCGAGAUGGCGCUGCGUCCAAUACCACACAAAAAAAACUAUAAAACGGGUCCCCCGUAACUCCGCAGGCUGAAAGAAAUACGGCAUUGCACUACAGCGCCGAAGACGCGCGUCUUCUGCGCGUUUAAAAUUCGCCGUAUGCUAUGGGCGUUAAAUUGAUGAAGAAAUUCAUCUAAUCUAGCCUAUAUGAUCCCACUGCUGGGCAUAUUCAGGCUCUGUGAUAAAAAAAAAACGUCGCGUGAAUAACAACGAAACGAGGCGCACCGCUGUUAUACGGUAACCGCCUCGAUUUGACGCCUUUGACGCUGUCAUUGUUUAGGCGACAACAGUGCAUCUACCAGUAUAUUUAUACAGAGUGUUAGUGACAUCGCAACGAAUACUCAGGGGGAUGAUUCAGACCAUGAUUCUGAGUUGAUAUCAAGUGGAAUUUUCAGUCAGAAAAUUCAUGUUUUUUUUGUUUUUUAAUUAUUUUCUGUUCCAUACUUUUACGACGGAAAAUUCCACUUGAUAUCAUCUCAGAAUCAUGGUCUCAAUCAUCCCUCAAAAGUAUUCGUUACGAUGUCACUAACACCUGUAUGAUCGAAGGUUCUUUGUAUUGGUUUUAGAAAAACCGUAUUAAAUAUUAAUGCAGUUAUUGCUUGUCGAUAUGCGUGAAGUAAACCUUUUCUCAUUAAUAUAAAGUAGGCUAGCGCGUGCAUAUUGAGCGCUGAGAAACAGUGGCACCCAAGACACUUCAUACCGUCAUUGCCAAUUUAAAAGCUCUCAAUUUAAUAGUAUUUUGCUCCUAAAACAUUCAGUACAAACACUUAUGUACGUAAAUAUCAAUUAUCUUUUAAUAUUUUUAACACCCAGUCUGAUUUCCCUUGGCAACGGAGAAGUCAAUUGCUGGUCGGCAGAGCCACUGUCAUGUAAGGCGUUUAGUUUAUACUAUCUGGUUGACCAAUCCUUUGCCUAAGGGAUAGGUACACGAAAGCACCUACGAGGCUGGAAUGAUCACUCAGGGUGUUCAAAGCCUCGUUAAAAAUAAGAAUAAAAAAAAAAGUUUUUUUUUUUUUAAUUUCUGUAAAAUUGUCCCGAUUGCACAUAAUAGAUUUUAAAUUAGCAACGACGAUACAAAAAACUCAUUCUUACAGUGUGCCGUGUAACGCUAAGUGCGUGCGAGACAGAUAGUCCUCGCGCUCUCUUUCUCCCUCGACUAAAGUAAAACCCAGAGGGGGUGAGGUAAAUCUAGCUCGGCGCCCGAUACUAUUUGGUGCGGGGCGAAGAGUUACCGUUCUAUGAAAAACAGUGCUUAAUUACCGUGCCAAUGGUGCUAAUUCCUGUAAACACCAUCUAAUUUUAUUUUAAGUUAUAUCUGUCAUUUUCUUAUCCGCCGAAAAGGAAAGGGACGGGUAAUCGGCAAGCAUAAAAUUUAUGGAACACAAGUCAAUUUUAAGCACAAAUCUAAAUCAACCGUCUAAAAAUUUGCAUUGGCUAAUAACCCGACAGAAUUAAGUUAACAGCACACGUCAAACGGUUUCCAUACCAGCGAGAUACCUUUUUGAUUCGCCCGGGUUAUCCAUUCAUUUACUCAUUCUUUCUAAAAUUAAGAGCUAUCAAUCAUCCGCCCCUUUCCUUUUCGGUGGAUAAGAAAAUGACAGGUAUAACUUAAAGUAAAAUUAGGAGGUGUUUGCAGGAAUUGGGGCCAUUGCCUUCUAAUCUUCAGACCGUCUUAUACCCAUGUGUUGUACUUUACGUAUUAUGUUUAGUUAAGUUCAAAACUACGUUAAACUGUUAUGUAUAAGGCUGAGACGCUUUUACAAAGCAUAGGUUAAGAUAAGGGUUUUUUGUUUAGACUAAUAACGAUUUCGUCGGAGGAACUCAGUGUAAUGUCUUAUAUAAUACAUUUAUAUAUGUAUGUCUUACUAGACAACGUAUUAUAAAGUGCAGAGCAUUUUAAAGUAAAACUUUGAUAUAUAUUUUAUAUAUAAAUACUGACAGACAGAUGGUCGAUAGGUUUAAAAAAAAUCUCAAGUUGUUACCAGCAUUUACAUUUAUGUCGAUUCUAACAGACACGACAAAAUUUAUUAUAGUUUGACAACUCUAAGCAUUUUGCUGUCUUUUACUUGAGAAUGAUGGUUUAAAUGACAUUUAAAAAGCAAAAUUACUAACUGCCAAAUCAUGAUAUGAAGUGAUUUUUGCAAAUAGUAUAAAGAGAUCUCAAUUUUAAUCACAGAUUUUCAGCCAUUUUGAUUUAAAAUCUAUUUCUACCAAUUCCAAAAAUGCUCAGAUAAAAAGUAACUAGACGCCAUAAAAGCCAUUCUUGUACAAAAUGUACAUAAAACAAUGUUAUUACAACAUUACAUAGUGUUAGGUUGCAAUUGCAAGCGAAAUUCACCUUUCCUUACAUCUGCUAUCAAGCUUUCUGUACAAUAUCAUAUAAAAUUAGAUUCGACCAAAAGUCCUCAAUGAACAGAGAAAUAUAGAACUGUAGCCGCAGCAUGGAGCCCGCAUAACGCGCGCGAUGCAAUAUAGAAACCAGUACUAUUACCAGGCUACGCGAUAAAUAAGCCAAUUUUUAGGUUCAAAUGUCGCGUCGCGCGCGAUAUGAUAGAUAUCCGGGCUCCAUACUACAGUUAUCGUUGCCAAUGCGUCUUUUUUUCUCUUUCUAUGUCUGAAAGGCGGAGUAUGCAGUGAGUUGCGACGCCAACCAAUCGCGUCGUGGUAUUGACCAAUCGUCGUUCGAAGAUUUGGACAAUUCAAACAAAGUAUUAAUUUAGUCUUUAAAAAUGUAUUUUCCCAACGUGACGUUCUAAAAAAAUAUUUUGCUUUGACGGACAUGCUUUUUUUUAAAACUAGAAUCAGUUACUCCUUCAAAUAUAUCUUUAUGAAUUUGACAGCUGUCAGAAUGGUACGUUUUUUUUUUAUGUUUCACAAUAGACAGCGCUGCUGUCAAACAAAUAUAGUUGUAUUUAACGGAGUACAACCGCCAAAGCAAAGUAUAGGAACGUCAUUUGUUGUUAACUUCCUAUAUUUUUCUGUUCAUUGUUCAGUGGCGUAACCAUACAGUAUUGUAAAAAAAAAUCCUUACACCGUUAACUGCUUGGGAGAUAAAUAUCAAAAUAUGAAUGUUAUAAAUCUUAACGUAUUGAACAACAAAAGUUGGAAUAUCUUAAAACUUUUUUUAAGAGCCUGUUUAAUUUUAACAGUAAGUAAAUAGUAAAACUGUUAGAGUGAUAUAUGUCUCGUCUCUUUCAUACUAAGCUGUAUACCGUUAGUGCGAAAGAGACGUUAAUGCACAUAGACAGGCUUGACAGACA